AUGGCGAGCCCGCAGCUGCAGACGGGGCUGCAGGAGGCGCAGGAGGCCCUCCACGUCGUGCGCGAGCAGUACGUGAAGGGGCACCUGGAUCUGACGAAGGCGUGGCAGCUGCUUCAAAAAGUGAAGAUCUUCGUCACACUCAACCCCCUGAGCAACUUCUCCGAGCCGUCGCUCCUCAAGGCUGUAGCCCUUGUGGGUCAGGAGUGCUUCGAGCUCGCCGCGCUUCUGAGCGUCGCAGAGAUGCAGGAGCAAAUGCGGAGUGUUGAGGGCGGCGCGGCCGGCAUGGCUGACGAGCCCUUGGAGGGCGAAGACAACUUCGAGCGCCACAUGCUCAUGCUGCUCCCAUACUACACAGACUACGCUGAACUGCUUCCCCCUUCUCAGUUCCAGGGCGAGCUCCUCUGCCUGUAUCUCCUCUCGUUUCUGGCCUCGAAUCGCAUCGGCGAGUUUCACAUGGCGCUGCAGAUGCUCGCCCCACAGAUCCGCGCCGACCCGCGCAUCGCCGAAGUGCUUGCGCUGGAGCAGCACCUAAUUGAAGGCAGCUACGGCUUCAUUUCGGAGCUGCAGCGCGCGCAGAGCGGCGAGCAGAAAAACGGCGCUGGCGCCGGGACGUUGCUGCCUGCCUCGGCUCACGUGUUCAUCGAGAAACUCGUAAAGACCGUUCGCCUGAAGGCUGCCGCUUGCCUCGAGAGGGCGCACGACCAGGUCGACGUCGACUACGCCAUGCUGGCGCUCAACUUGAACAGCCUCGGCGAGCUCGAAGUCUUUGUCGAGCUGCACAACCUCGGAAAGCAACAGGAGGCUGCGAUGCAUGCCGGCGACGCAAAGCUCAAUGGAACCGCAGGUUCGCUGGGCCGUCUUCACCACGCAGACGGGGGAGCUGCCGCUGCAGGCAGCGUGAGCACGUUGGCUGCGGGCGUCGGCUCAGGCAGUUUCGCUGCAGCGGUGAGUUUCUCAGCAUGCGGCGAGGCCGACCAUGAGUGGGAGAUUCAAGGCAAAGUGCUCAAGUUCCACAAGAAGAGCGACAAGCUCGCCGCGCCUCAGCACUGCAGCAUCCAGGCGCUCAACGUCAUCGGCAACCUCAUCGAGUAUGCCACGGAGCUCGAGCGCAUCGUCUAA